AUGGCUCUCCCAGAGGAAGAUGUUCAUAUGAUCAUAAAGCAGGUUCUCGACGAGACGGUUGGUGCGAACGCGACAUACACCCACAAAGACAGUGUCCAAUGGAAUCAGAAGGCCGUCGAGCAGAUAACGAAGAAGUUGGUCGCCGCCGGCAAACCGUACAAAUACGUCGUCACCUCGUCGUUUUUGCAAAUUUCCAGCGGUUCCGGACUGAAUGUUAGCACCAUUUCCUACUGGAAUAAGGUCACCGAUUUCUCGUACAUGUACCGAUGGGAAGCGAAAACCAUGUUGGCAAUCGUCUACGUCUUCGCCAUCGCAAUCUAA